AUGGGUCUCGUUAUAAGUCUUGUUGCACCAACUGUUCACAUGAACGAUAAUAUUAGUUCUCGAAUUCUUCUUGGUCCAGAUAAACCAGAAAACAAUCCGAGUUCUCCUGAAAAUAUCUCAAAGUAUGAUAACAUUUCAUGCCCAGUAUCAACUGAAUUGGGACCUUCUCCUGGUAAUAAACCGCCUCUGAAUCCAGUGGUCGGAGUCCCAACUAUUCUUCCUCCAUCGGAUACGACGUCAAAAGCCCAGAGUAACUCGGUUUAUGAUACAUUGAAAAUGACCCCCGAAGUGGAUUGGAACAAGAAAAAAACACAAUGA